CACCCUGGACAGCACGGCAGCCUGUGCAGCUGAGCCCGAUUUGGAGCGCAGAUUCACCGCUGCCCACGGAAUGUAAAAAAAGACUAAUGGGACCAUCUGAGUUUGAGUAAACCCUCUCUGUCCAUAAAAUGAGUAGGAGUGGUCAAUGUGGGAGGUCGCGCGGUGUGGAGACAGGGGGAGGGGGGGCAUUCAGCUGUGCCCCAGGAGAUUUUCCCCGAAGAGACAGCUUCCAGGAGUAAGCAGAUACUCAGGCCAGAAUUUGGAUGAAUCGUGACACUUGGAAAAAGAGAGGAACACAGAGACAGGCGGAGCAACGCCCACCGAUUAGAGUCUGGAGUGCGUGGAGACAUAAAAUGUGGAGUCUUCAAAAUACGAGCUGUUCGUGACACGCACGGUUAACUCAGAGGCCCCCGCACGACGAAGGGAAACACGUUUAUUAUUUUCUUUCUGUUUUGUUUUUGUUUUUAAAACCAGAUUAAACUCCUCAGCAGACGGGAGAGGACGUUUGGAUGUGCGCAACGGAGCAUGUGUGCCAGUCCGGGAACGGAGCGCGCUGUCGCCUUUUGUUCGAGCUCUAAAGUAUUUUUAUUAUUCUUUACACAUCCUAAGAAAAAGACAUCCAUUUGGGAGAAAGUACUUUGCGAUGGAACCUGUUGUCGACGAUGAUUUGUUGCGUGCUUGGAAUAUGUUUUGUGUUCCUCUAACAAGUGACGAGUUGAUCAAGGAAUAAAGCAACUGAAAAUGGAAAUACAUCUGUGAAAAUGAUUGCUCUGCGCAUUGUGAGGGUUACAUUUCCCAACUUGAUGUACCCCUGCGAUACUCUGUGACCCUCCCGUCUUAACGGCGACUCAGCACAUUUCUGAUGAGGAUGUCCGCUGUUUGCGAGGAAGAUUUAAGGAUUUCACAGGAGCUGGAUUUUUUUGGGGUAUAUGGGGAAUGGCUGCUAAAAAUAGCCUGCAUGCUGAUGAGGUUACAAUGAACAGGUUGGUGUUCAGCUGAAACUUAGAGACAUGCGGAAAGAUGUCUUGUUAUAGGACAUUUUAAAUCACAGCAAAGACAAAGUGAGUGGAGCUUGAAAGAAAAGAAAGGAACAAGGAUCUGUCACCGAUAAUUUGUUUUAUUGGACGAAUUUAUUCCGAUCAGUAUAAUUCACUUGGGGAGAAAAUACACCAACAGCCGAUAUUGGAAGUAGCUUGUUGAUGGCACCGCGCUCCGGGAGGACUUGGUUUGGGCAGGUCUUGCGCAGGGUCUUUCGGCUGCAGGGCUCCUGGUCCAGGCGAUCGAGCAGUCUCUUGUGUCUCUCCGCAAACCAAGAGCAGGAUCUGGGGGUCUGUCAUCGGGAUCACUACAAGGUGGGGGAUUUCCACCGCUGCCACGACUCCGGCAUCCACCACGUUCACCGGAGCGCACCUUUCUGCGCCUCCGCCUCCAGGCGCUGUCCACACGGCUUCCCCCACGCUCGCUGCGCCUUCCCAGGGAAUCCGAGGGGACAUGAGCCCCUCGGUCGCCGGUUCCUGUUGGCCAUGAAGCGGCAAAACGUGCGGACCUUGUCCCUGAUCAUUUGCACGUUUACAUACCUGCUCGUCGGAGCCGCCGUCUUUGACGCCCUGGAGUCCGACUCCGAGAUGCUGGAAAAGGAGGACCUGGAAGCCGAGGAGAAGCGUCUCCAGGGGAAAUAUAACAUCAGCGAGGAUGAUUACCGCAAACUGGAGACCAUCAUCAUGGACGCAGAGCCCCACAGAGCCGGGGUGCAGUGGAAAUUCGCAGGGUCAUUUUACUUUGCCAUCACGGUUAUAACCACCAUAGGCUAUGGGCAUGCAGCGCCGGGGACCGACGCAGGGAAGGCCUUUUGCAUGUUUUAUGCCGUCCUGGGAAUCCCUUUGACUCUUGUCAUGUUCCAAAGUCUGGGCGAGAGGAUGAACACUUUUGUCAAGUACCUCCUGAAGCGAAUCAAGAAGUGCUGCGGCAUGAGCAUCACCGACGUAUCCAUGGAGAACAUGGUGACUGUAGGAUUCUUUUCCUGCAUCGGCACGCUGUGCAUCGGAGCCGCUGCCUUUUCCCAUUACGAGGAUUGGAGCUUCUUCCAGUCUUAUUAUUACUGCUUCAUCACAUUAACAACUAUAGGCUUUGGGGACUUUGUGGCCCUUCAAAAGAACCGGGCCCUCCAGAAGAAGCCCCUGUACGUGGCCUUUAGCUUCAUGUAUAUCCUGGUGGGCCUGACGGUCAUUGGGGCCUUCCUCAACCUGGUGGUGCUCCGUUUCCUGACUAUGAACAGUGAGGACGAGCGGCGGGAUGCUGAGGAACGGGCCUCGCUAGCAGGCAACCGGAAUAGCAUGAUCAUCCACAUCCAGGACGAAUCGCUGCAGCGGGGCCGGCGGCGGCGCGACCCGUACCGACCGGAAGUGACUGAUUUGCAGUCAGUCUGCUCCUGUAUGCACUACCACUCGCAUGACUUCGGCAGCUCUGGGGGAGGGAUGGGAGGCCUCGGCUGUGCCUUCUCCCAUCAGAACUCAUUCAGCUCACAGCUGAAUCCCAAUCAGUACUUUCAUUCGGUUUCCUACAGGAUCGAGGAGAUCUCGCCCAGCACCUUGAAAAACAGCUUCUUCCCUUCGCCCAUCAGCUCGGUGUCUCCGGGCCUCCACAGCUUCACAGACAAUCACCAGCUCAUGAAGAGAAGGAAAUCCAUCUAAAACCUAACACACACAGGACAAAUGAGGUUCCACGUUUUAUACACAAGGUCAAACAUUUCCAAUGCUGCUCCUUACCAAAUCUUAUUUCAGCACUUUCUUUUUUUCCUUUUUUUGGUUGUGUGUAAUAUAAAAAGUAUUCUUAGGGAAUGGAUGAAGAACACUGCAGAACAGCGUGGACACAAUGGGAUGCAAAGCAUGAAGCAUGGAUUUCUAUUUUUUCAAGAGAUUGCUCUAUUUACAAACACAAAGAAGAAGACCUUCCUUAUUUCAGAUUUACAGUACAAAAUUGGUAUAUUAACUUUGGUUACAUGCCAAAUGAUGCACACUUGGGGAAAUGCUAUUUUUCAAAAAGGGAGUUAGCUUGUUUCACCUUAACUUGAAGUUAUGUACUAUCCCAUUGCCUCACUGCAGACAGAGAUUUUAAAAUGACUUAAAGCAUCAGGUAUUGUUUUCUAUAAGCAAUCAUAUAUUUCAAUGGUUUCACCGUGCAUCAAGCCAAAAUAUUGUUGCCAAUAUUAGCAUGUGCAUUAGAUGUCAUUUACUGAGUGUGCCAUGGUUUUGUGAAAUUCAUUAGUCUGUUUGUAGAACAGCCAAAUGAAAGUGUCUGUUUGUCUUGAAUUCAAAGGAUCAUGCUGCUGUUAUUAAUAUGUGUCCUCAUCAGGAAUCAGAUCUGGCCACAGAAGCUUUAAUUUCACCUAGGGCCUUUUUCGUAAUUAGAUGUCAAACUGACCUGAAGGAAAAUCCAACAUCACCACUACACUUUUAAACAGAUCUGUAUUUCAGCACAUGACAUUCAUAUUGAAUAUCAGUUAUAUUAAGUGCACUGCAGUGCAUUGAUAAUUUAGCAACAAAGUUCAGCACACAUAAGGGAUCACUCCAUUGUAAAAGAGGCAAAGAGACCAGUUUCUUCAUUUACCGUCAGUCUCUUAUAAGACCAGAUUCCAAUGCAGCAAAUGUUGUAUAACAAAAGGGUCAGUCAGCGAUUUAGUAUUCCACAAAGUUGUGGACACAAGAAACAGAAUAAAGCAGUGGAGGCUGAGAUAUUCUGACUUUUAGUCGCCCGUAACGAUGAAGCUCUAAAAACACUGGAUCCUACAUUGAAACCCCCACACCUCCAGUUUGCAACGCAGGCUUUCAUUUAAAUAUUUUAAGUCUCAAGCUCAGGAUGAGAUAAACAUGAUGACCUCACUAUGACAUCAUCAUGGUUAUUGAUUCAAAUCAUGAAACUCCCUCCAGAGCCACACACACAUGCAUGAAUCAAUGAGUAUAGGCCUCGUCAUACUCCUCACGACGGGUAAGCUGAACGCCAUGUGUACAAUUGGUGGAGGGCCCCUUUAAGGUGGCGUUGUGGCUAAGAUCCUAUGAUCGGUAAUGCUCUUCACAAACUAGGUGGCCCGGUAGCUCCACACAUUCACUUUUGAUUGGCUGCAAAAAGUUCUCAGGAUCUUUUGAGAAGCAUUCUUGGGCAAGUAGCUGGAGGCGAUGAGUCCUGGUUGAGGAAAGUGAUUUUGCAGGUUUUUGGAAAAUUAUCAAAUGAAGAGAUGAUAUAAGACAGUGUAAGAGGAUCAGAAGGCUUUAACCUGCAGUUAUCAAAGUGCAAUUAAGUGACUCCAGCUGAAUUUAUAAGCAGUGUAAUUUUUAAUCAAAGGACAUGAUUAUGCUCCAAAGUCCUGUAUAGUACACAAUGCAUGCCCGUAGCAGCUGACCCUGGGUCUGUUGAUGAACCCUGCUCAGAUCUAGCCCUGCAGCACCAAGAAGCAGAACGGUUCACAGUGAUGGAAAAGCAUGCAGAUCCAAACUGACGGCUCUUGAGGUUUUGAUGCACUUUGGAGCCAUCAGGGAAACACAACCUGAUAAACACAUCAGCACGGACACAAGCAGAAAUAGUGAGUGUGAGUUAAAUGUGAGGGGAAGAUCACAGAAAAGAAAAAGACUUAAUAACAUCAGUAUGAUCCGUUCACUUUCUGUAAAAUGUCAGAAGAAGGAAAGGGGAUAGGGAAGAUUUUUUAUGUUUGAAAGAUCUGAUAAGUGCAUGAACUUUGUAUGAUGAAUUUGGAAAUAAUUUCAUAAUAACUUCUAAAGUAUUUUAAUGGCAAAUAGUCUUUAGGAUGAUUUGCAAUACAAGCUGUUUCUUUUGCCAAAGUCCAGCAGUUCUUAAAGGGAUACACAUUAUUUACUUAAUUCAUCUUUCAUUCAAACAAACUGUACAAUAAUGUUUGUUCUCAGGUUUGAAUGAAUCACCUUUUUUUUUUAUUUGCUCCUAUAACAAACACAAUCCCAGAAGUGCAAGCGCAAUGGCCAACUACAAUGUACAUAUCAAAUCCUCAUUUCCGAAUAGUAGGGAUGUUCUUAGAAAUGCGACUGAGAUGCAUCAUCUCACUGAGGCCUGUUCUGCGUCUGAUGCAGAUGUGUACACCAGGAGUCAGUUUGCAUAAAAGAUAUAAUUUGUGACAGGGCUGGAAAAUAUUUGGGCAAUUCUUGAUAUUUCUUUUGAUUAUAGGUCUUUUUAUGAAGCCUAAUGCUCAUUUCCUGUCACAAAUUAUGCAAACUGUCAAAGACAAAAUAUUCACUAUAACUGAGCUCUUAAAUUAGGCAGGAUUAAAGCGCUACACAUGAUUUCUAAAGGCCUUUUAAGCUGUAAAUGUAUAUUUAAAUAUAAAUUAUUUGUAAAGACUGGAGUAAAGAGGAGCUUUUUAAGGUUACACAGGGCUGGGAGCUAUUCCCUCGGCAAGUUAUAUCCUUCAAAAUCAAUAUUUCUGGAAACAUACCAACCAACACCAAACACCAAAUUUCUGGACCUUGACACUCAAGAAGCAUAGCCAUCAGUAUUCUUUGCUGCCUAGUGUUUAACAGGCUUAUAUUAAUUUUCUGGGUAGGUGAGCAUGCCUCACAAGGUGAAUGCCACUCUGUUUGGGUAAAUGGUGAAACGCCAUGGAUCCUAUUCAGUCGUGACAAACAUAACCAGGCGUGGAGUCCGAGAUAAGCCCUAAAAGCAUUGUUUCAUGAUUGGAACUAUACCGGCUUAUCUGAAUAUCCUGUACAAUAUGUUUAUAACAACCUUUGGAAUAAAAAUGCCUUUUCAUGGCUGAGAUGCAUAUGUAUUUUUACACAUUAGCAUACGUGCCUUGAAGAAACAGUAGUCAGUGUUUCUGUUGAAGUGGGGCACAUUUAAAUGUGGUGGAUCUGUUUGUGCUUUAGCAAACCUAAUGGAAGGUUAUGGAGGUCUGAAGCGCAGAUGUGGUUAAUGUAUAGACAGAUCUAAGUUCUGACAAACAAGUUCAUAUGAGGAGAUGAAAAUCAACUUGUAAUCUUACCAACUCAUCCUCACUCCCAACAUGUCAAGUUGCCAGUUAGUGGUCCUAUGUAUACGUGUGAAUUGCCAACGUUAACCACGUGUUGAAGUCUGUCGGACUAGCCUGCACAUUGAAAAAAUCCGUUAAAGGGGUACCCAGUGCGUUAAAAAGGGAUGCCAAGGGGGUCCUGCCCAAGAAUCCAUAAUGUGACGAGUUGGGAGUGAGAACUUAUUAGAUCUUACACCUACCUUCUAUAACCACGUACACACCCGGCGCCAAAUCAGACUGAAACUCUUUACUUUUGAAAGACAUAAUCAUCCGUUAGCAGCUUAAAAGAUAAUUCCAGUAUAUCGCAAAUUGUUGUUGUUUCCAUAGUUUUGGCCGACACUCCUAUCAGUAAUAGUAAUAUUAUACUGACAGUAAUUGCUGAGAUUUGGGAAUGCCACAACAUUGCUAAAAAGAAGCCACAUGGCGCAAGAGACACAAGCGGGCAGAUGAUUAGACAGGUUUAAAGUUAAUGCUAGCAAUAUCUCCUAGAUCCUACGAACAAAUAUUGUCUGUUUAACCGAAACAAUUUAAAACACAUACACACACAUGAUAUCACAGCCACAAUUUUGCCGAUGUAAAAACUCGCUUGUCUCAAACAAAUGCUCUUUUUUCUCCCGUUUGAGUAACAUUUGCUAAACACUUUAAGGAAAGCAAUUUUAGGAAAUAUCUUUGCCUAUCUACCCGCUUUUUAAGCUGCAUUGAUUAUUUUUGGCCAUUUGGGUGCAGCAAAACUAGCUGCACACAAAUAGUUGACAUAUUAUCACCUUAUAGAGUUUACAUUUACAUUUUAUUAGGAGUCAUGUAUCUGCCUGCUAUCUAGCAGUGAGGGGUGGCAUACAGUGAGAUUAUCUGUUUAUCUUUAUCUCAAUAAACGUGGUUUAGAAAUUCUGGCUAAACUAUACUCUUGUUAACACCUGGUUGAUGGUGGAGGCUUUUCAUUUCUUGCCUCACUGGACUUUGUUGUAGUUGUUCCCAGAUCUCAAUUAUUACUUUGUUGAAUAUAAUGUUGUCACAACCGUUACGAAUAAUGGCAAACAUGCAAAAAUAACUCCCAAAUUGUAAUAAACUGGAAUUAACCUUUAAACGUAUCCAAUAUUGGUCAUGGUUGAGCAAAUAUCUACCUAUAAGAAGUGUCACUGACGGUUUUCAGUGUCGUCUACCUUCCAUUCAGUUCACAGCCAAACUUUUCCAUGCAGCAUUUUGGGGGAAUGUAUCAGCCAUAAUGGAUCUUAUUUUUUCUGAAAGGAAGCAGCAAACAAAUGAACCCAUUUGCUUUUCAUGAGCUGCAAGUCAGAUCGUUUUUCAUACCCCCUCCCAAACGCGCUCAUAUUACCGGUACUCAGAUUUGUCUGCCAUCAUGCGACAUGUCAUAUUGAUGGUCCUCGACUGAAUGUUACUCUAUAACACAGAUGGCACGGAGAAACAGCAUCACGCAACAUCUCUCUCAAGUGCAAUGUUUUGCUUUCUCGAGCGUUUCCCUGCCACGUGGCAUCAAACAACACAAAGGUGUUAGUUUGAUUCAGUUAUUUGGUUGUCGUUUUUUUCUUUCGGCAUUUUGUACGUAGCUUUGCUUGGCUUCCAGGCGUCAUUUACUGCAUGUGGCAGUAUGUGCAGGCCAUUGCUCUGUCAACAGUGCCAUGUUUUCCGACAGGGACAAAAGAGACACAAAUUGCACUACUAACUGUGUAAUACAAUAUAAUAGAAAGGCUGUGUUCCAUAACUUCUAUUUGUGAAAUAUCCUUUGCAAUAGGUUCUUCUGUAGGUCUGAUGAACAAAUACUACCAUGUACCAUAUUCCUUACAGGAGAUUAUAUCCCAUCCAUGUGGUUUUUGCGGUCAUGUUGAACCGACCGACGUCUUCUGUCACAAUUUUGAAACUGAUGUCUGUACAGUACACUCCAGUAUGGGUCCCCUCUCUUUUCGCCACACUGAGAAGAGAUUGUUGAGAAUUGUGUAGAGUGAAAUGAACAUUUUACAUAACAUUUUACAUUUGUAUGUUUUCCUUUUUCUUUUCUUUUUUGGUGCGCGUGUGCAUGAUUUGGUGUGGGUGACUUACUCGGUUACACAGCCUGAGUGAAGCCAUAACAAACUUGAAUAAAAAUGAUGAGC